UAGUCUGCGCUGACGUGUCUGUCUGACGUCAUCGGUGUGUUUGGCAGUGGAGCAGGAAGAGAAGGCUGAGUACCAUGACUAACGCCUACACCUUGGAUGGACUUCUGGUCUUUGCUCUGCUUUUUGUCUGUACAUGUGCUUAUUUCAAGAAAGUUCCACAUUUACGUUCUUGGCUUUUGUCUGAGAAGAAAGGAUUAUGGGGAGUUUUCUAUAAAGCUGCCGUAAUUGGAUCUCGUCUGCACUUACCGGUUGCUCUGUCCUGUUUUGCCAUGGCCUUCUAUGUCUUGUUUAUAAAGUGAAACUGUGAUAUCUUCAAUUCGUCUCUGUUCUAUCUCCAGCUAAGGAUAUAUGGAAAAUGGAGAAGGGAAACCUGACUGCAUGGCUGAAGACAUGAACUGAACUCAAUGACACUGUCCUGGAAUAUACUGUAUAUUAAAUAGAAUUUUCAUGUACGUCAUCAAUGAUUCUGCAAGAAAAUGCAGAUGAAUUUCUUGUUUCUUUAUAAAACUUUAGCAGGGCCUAUA